UGCAACUGUUCGUGAUAAGCGCGUAAUUACAUGGCUAGUUCGGUACGUCAAACUUCCUGUUUACAGCUAGAAUUUGAAAUUUCAAUGUCCGAUUUUUAGCAAUGGUACAAGGGCCGAUGACGUGCUGGCUUAAAAGCUUCAUUAAUGAGGUGCGAUAUGAAAAUUUAACGAAUUUGGAUCGUAUCUGUUACAAUCCCGGACAGCAUCAACAAAAUUGCGGAGUUUUCUGACGGGCAAGAGCUAAAUUUCAUACGGAAAUUCCAUCGACUGUGAUCACGUUUUCGAGGUCACAAAGUAGGCGUCUGCCCAAUCCAAAGCCCAAGGAUUCAUAGAACUGUCACGCCGCACCGGAGACAACCUCUCAUAUAAACCAAAGCCGCAGAAAGUUCUGGUGAUCGGCGGUAACCAAUCAUGCCUGAUUCGUCUGGUGUUGCAAUAACGGCUGUGCUAUUGAUACUUAUUGUUGUGGACGUUGUGGGCAAUACACUUGUUUGUUUAAUCAUAAAACGAUAUCUUCGCACAAAAAAUCCCAUAAAUUAUUUACUUCUGAAUCUGGCCAUAUCUGAUAUCCUAUUCGCAUUGUUCAUCGCACCAAAGAUUAUCGUCAGCUUCAACAUGAGUCACCCGGACGGAUUGGCAGGUGUGGUACUUUGCAAGCUUUUGACGGGUGGAAAUAUAGCCUGGGUUGCAGGAGUUUCGUCAGUUGUCACUUUGGUUGCAAUUGCCUUUGAAAGAUAUUACUCAGUAUUAUAUCCCAUUGCCAGAGAAAAGAAUCUUUCACGGCGCAAACUGAAGAUAAUAGUUCUUGGCGCUUGGGUGUUCUCAGCAUUUUUCAACAUACCAUUGUUCUUAGCUAGGACCUUCGACAAGGAGAAGACCAGCAAAAACUGUGUUCAGAAUUGGCCUGAGAGGUGGAUGUCCACGGCUUAUUGUUUGGCGUGGUUGGUUUUGGUUGUCGUUUCCGUGGGAAUUAUGGUUGUCCUUUAUUCUAUUGUUGCGUGCACAUUGUGGUUCAAACGCAAUGGAAACAAAGGAAUCAACUAUCAGCAAAAAGGCGUCUUAAAGGUUCGGAAACGUGUUACCUUGAUGGCUAUAGCAGUCAGUUUCAUCUUUGCAGUUUCCUGGGGAGCAGAAUCAAUUGAAUACGUCUUGAGGACUCUUUCAACUCUCAACAUCAGCUUUGAACAUAUUGCAGCUGUUGAUAUGAUGGUGUUGUUCAAUUCAGCAGUCAACCCAUUCGUGUAUGCCCUCUUGAACCAUCAGUUCAGACAGAACAUCAAGAAAGUGAUUUGGUGCAAUUAUACACCGGAACCCAGGACUGGAGGAAAGGAAAACACAAGCCGAAGUACUGAUCAUGAACGCACUACUGAAAUGUGAUUCUUAAAACAUUGCUUAUUAUAUGGCAGAUGAGUCCCACCAUCGAUAUGUUAAAGGUCUUAAAAGUAAAAUAAACUCACUUAAAUAUUAGAGAAGAAGAAGGGUGGAAAGAGAAUUUCAACAACACGUUUACUUAAAAAGGGAGCUUAGUCAAGCAGUGAAAUGAAGGGGACAAAAAACAAUAUCUGCUUGGCUACGUGUAGCCAUACCCUUCCCCCCUAAGGUGAAGCGAAAGCGAGGCAACGUCUACGCAAACCUGACAUUACUCAUGUUCCGUGACGUCACUCUUUUUCAAGAAAAUAUAUAAUGACUUUUUAUUGGUUAACCUCUUUUGCUUGGUAAUUUAUUUCCAUACUAACGAACUGGUGAACAAAACGCUUUCAUGGUCAAAUUUUCAGACAACAGGUAUCCAUGACGAGGUUUUUAAGGCAAGUUUGCUCGACUUUUGGGAUAGAAACAUUUCAAGAAGAACAGCAGAAAGCCGUAGAUAUGUUUUUCGAAAGGUUACAAUGUCUCCGUUUGACUGGCUUUGGAAAAUCUUCAAUAUAUCAAGCAGCGCCGGUAAUCGAUCGCCUUUCUUUUUUAGAUGAAACCGGUUACUAUAUUUACUGUGCCGCCCGUUAAAGCUCUCACAGGAGACCAGGUGCACUAUCUUAAUGUACUUGGGCCAAGAGGCCCUUCAACUUUCGGUUUCUUUGCGAACAGCGCUGCAAAGCUAUUAAAUUGAAGUUAGUAGAUUCUUGCAGCGAUUCCUUCGAUUGAGAGAAGGGUAGCUCUUUCUUUUGUUGCUUGCAGCGUAACUAUUUCUUAAAGAAAUUUGUAAAAACUUGAGAUUCUGCUGCAAUGAUUAAAAUUUUUUCGACGACCAUGGCACUGUUUACAAAUGUAAGCAGAAACAAAAAUAAUAUUUUAUUUCUUAAACUCAACGAAAUUCUCUCCAAAUGAACCCGAAUGAUUUAGGGCCGUAAUUACGGCAAGAUCUGCCAUAACCUGAACAAUUUUUUGAGUGAGUUAAUGGUUGUUAAAAUAGAGGUAAUACAAAUUAAAGAGAGAGGUUCAUCGAAA